ACUAAGCGAGACCGAUUUGCUUAUCUAGCCAAAGUGAAAGACUUUUCUUUUUAAUUGCAAAGGAUUACGCCCGCUUGGUCAUCAUUUUCGAGGAGCUGAAACGAGACUUGUUGGUGUUUUUUUCUGUCAUUCUUUAACAGGCGCCAAGUUCUUUUCAAGGAAAUGGCAACGCCAGCGUUUGAGAGAGGAACACGGUUCGGAGAGCAGAGGGGAAACCAGAGCUGAAUGACAGGAUGCAGGCAACCUGAAGACGCGGAAAAAGCACAUUUUACUGCGUUGAGACAUUUUCUUCGUUGUUUUGGUUUCCUUUCGUCAAACGGCACUCAGAGGAGGGGAAUUACACCAUAUCGGACCACAAAAGGAUUUUCUCUCUUUUUUUCACGUUUUUCUAAUUUUAGUUUAUUUUUCCACUACCAAACACGGAAACGAGGAUGCAUUGUGGAUUAGCGUUGAUCCUCUUUACGGGAAUCUUUGUCAUCGCCAGGGCUUUCAAAAAUGACAAAUGUGGGGAUAACAUCAGAAUCACAAGUGCAAAUUACCUCACUUCGCCUGGCUACCCGGUUUCUUAUUAUCCAUCUCAGAAAUGCGUUUGGGUGAUUACUGCUCCGGGACCUCACCAGAGAAUUCUAAUCAACUUCAACCCUCAUUUUGAUCUCGAGGACAGAGAAUGCAAGUAUGACUACGUGGAGGUGCGGGACGGCGUUGAUGAGAGCGGGCAGCUGGUGGGCAAAUACUGCGGCAAGAUUGCCCCCUCGCCCGUCGUCUCCUCUGGCAACCAGCUCUUCAUCAAAUUCGUGUCCGACUACGAAACACACGGUGCGGGCUUUUCCAUCCGCUACGAGAUCUUCAAAACAGGGCCAGAAUGUUCCAGAAACUUCACCUCCAACAGUGGAGUUAUCAAGUCUCCUGGCUUCCCAGAGAAGUAUCCCAACAACCUGGACUGUACCUUCAUGAUCUUUGCCCCCAAAAUGUCAGAGAUCAUUCUGGAGUUCGAGAGCUUUGAACUGGAGCCGGACACCACCCCUCCCGCCGGGGUCUUCUGCCGUUAUGACCGACUGGAGAUAUGGGAUGGUUUCCCUGGAGUGGGUCCAUACAUCGGCAGGUACUGCGGAUCAAACACUCCGGGUCGGAUAAUCUCCUACACUGGCAUUUUGGCCUUGACAAUCAACACAGACAGUGCAAUCGCCAAGGAGGGCUUCUCGGCCAACUUCACCGUGGUGGAGAGGACCGUCCCUGAGGAUUUUGACUGCACAGAACCACUGGGUGUGGAAUCUGGCGAAAUCACGGCUGAGCAGAUAGUGGCUUCAUCUCAGUAUAGUGACAGCUGGUCUCCAGAACGCUCUAGACUCAACAACUUCGAGAACGGUUGGACUCCAGCGGAAGACUCCAACAAAGAAUGGAUCCAGGUUGAUCUUGGCUUCCUUCGGUUUGUCUCAGAAAUUGGAACACAAGGUGCCAUCUCACAGGAGACAAAGAAAGAAUACUAUGUAAAGUCCUACAAAGUGGAUGUAAGCUCCAACGGCGACGACUGGAUUACGCUGAAAGAAGGUUCCAAGCAGAAGGUUUUCCAGGGCAACACCAACCCUACGGAUGUGGUGCGAACACCCCUUCCCAAGCCCACGCUCACACGCUUCGUCCGGAUCCGACCGUAUACCUGGUACACAGGCAUCGCUCUGCGUUUUGAGGUGUAUGGCUGUAAGAUUUCAGAGUAUCCAUGCUCAGGAAUGUUGGGAAUGGUAUCUGGUCUCAUCACAGACUCCCAGAUCACCGCCUCCUCUCACACGGACCGUAGCUGGGUUCCAGAGAACGCCCGCCUGCUGACCAGCCGCUCAGGCUGGACCCUUCUGCCCCAGCCCCAGCCCUACGUGAAUGAAUGGCUGCAGGUGGACCUGGGCGAGGAGAAGCUAGUCAGAGGCCUGAUCAUCCAGGGAGGCAAACAUCGCGAGAACAAGGUCUUCAUGAAGAAAUUCCGACUAGGAUACAGCAACAACGGGUCCGACUGGAAGAUGAUUAUGGAUGCUACCGGCAACAAGCCAAGGAUUUUUGAAGGGAAUAUGAAUUAUGAUACCCCAGCAUUGAGAACAGUGGAGCCCAUCCUGACCCGGUUUGUGAGAAUCUAUCCAGACAGGGCCACUCCUGCUGGGAUGGGUCUACGACUGGAGCUCCUGGGCUGUGAGAUAGAAGCUCCCACCCUACCACCCACCACGCCCGCCCCUCCCACCACACCAUCAGACGAGUGUGACGAUGAACAGGCCAACUGCCACAGCGGAACAGGUGAUGACCAAGAUCAGACAGGUGGGACCACGACCCCCGAAACCACCACAGAGAUGGGCAUGUUGCCAGGUAAUAGAGCAUUCCAGUGGUUUGCCUGUGACUUUGGCUGGGCCAAUGACCCGUCCUUCUGUGGCUGGACUUCUGAAGACAGUGGUUACAGAUGGCAAAUUCAGUCCAGCGGGACGCCAACUCUUAACACUGGUCCCAAUAUGGACCAUACUGGUGGAUCAGGUAAUUUCAUCUACACCCUGGCGACAGGUGCCCAGGAGACAGAAGUGGCUCGUUUGGUGAGCCCGUUGGUAGCGGGUCAGGAGUCAGACCUGUGCGUGUCCUUUUGGUACCAUAUGUUCGGCCCACAUAUUGGCACACUGCACGUCAAACAGCGCAAGGAGAGCACACAAGGCACAGCUGAUAUCCUGCUCUGGACUGUCAGCGGUCACCAGGGAAACCGUUGGCGGGAAGCCAGAGUACUCGUACCCCACUCCACUAAGCCCUAUCAGGUGGUAAUCGAGGGGGUGGUGGAGAGGAAGAGUUGGGGUGAUAUCGCUGUCGAUGACAUCAAGAUCCUAGAGAAUCUCAACAUGGCUGACUGCAAGGAUCCUGAUGUUCCUACAGAACCCAUGCUGCCUGACGACAACUUCAACGAAAUCAUUGUGGACAUCACAGAGUACCCUGAGAUAGUGGAGAACAAUGGGAUCAGUGGUGCCGGGAACAUGCUGAAGACACUGGAUCCCAUCCUUAUUACCAUUAUAGCUAUGAGCGCCUUGGGGGUGUUCCUGGGUGCCAUCUGUGGGGUCGUUCUCUACUGUGCCUGCUCCCACGGGGGCAUGUCUGACAGGAACCUUUCCGCUCUGGAGAACUACAAUUUUGAACUGGUGGACGGAGUCAAGCUUAAGAAGGACAAGCUCAAUUCACAGAACUCGUACUCGGAAGCGUGAAGAGGGCCAUGAGAUGGACCUCACCACACAACGGAGGUGCAAGCAAAAAAAGAAAAACAAGAAUAAAGAAAAGAAAGAAAUGGGACUGCCAAACGCCCUUCCUCAUUGGACGAGGUUUGAGGCUCUGAAGUUCUGAGAACCAAUGGGAGGUUUGGACUGAGCCAUGCUUUUCUCAGGAGCUGCAGUGAAAGAAACCUACCAGUUGGAGGACACUGUGUACA